CGCUAGAGGUCUCAGUUACUAAAAGUAGUGAGGAAGACGUUACGUAAGCAUUGUAAACAGGAAGUAUUUUUGGAUAGUGGUGUUUGGAAUUUACGGGAGCGCUGUAUUUAAAUUUUAAAGAGUUUCCAAGAGACUGAUCAUCAUCAUGGGCAAGAGUUGUAAAGUGGUGGUGUGUGGUCUGGCUGCCGUUGGCAAGACUGCUGUCCUGGAGCAACUGCUGUAUGCCAAUCAUAUUGCGGGCUCAGAGCCCAUGGAGACCCUGGAGGAUAUCUAUAUUGGCUCCAUAGAAACAGACCGUGGCACUCGAGAGCAAGUGCGCUUCUACGACACUCGGGGUCUUCGUGAUGGUCUGGAGUUCCCUCGCCACUACUUCUCCUUUGCGGACGGUUUUGUCCUGGUCUACAGCAUCGACAGUAAGGAGUCCUUCAAACGGAUGGAGGCCCUCAAGAAAGACAUUGACCGCUACCGUGAUAAGAAAGAGGUGAACAUAGUGGUGCUGGGCAACAAGCUAGACAUGCAGGAGCAGAGGAGAGUGGACUCUGAAGUGGCCCAGUACUGGGCCAAGACAGAAAAGGUGCGUCUGUGGGAGGUGUCUGUGGCAGACCGGAGGACCCUCAUCGAGCCUUUUGUCCACCUGGCCAGCAAGAUGACCCAGCCUCAGAGCAAAUCAUCCUUCCCCCUCAGCCGCAAUAAGAACAAGGGGAGUGGCGCUGUCGAUAGCUGAGGGAUUAGGGGGGAUGGAAGGGGGGAGGGAGUGAGGAUUGAUGAAGAAUGGGAAAGAGUAGUAGGGGAAACGCAAUAGACUGAUUGUUAGCCUAUCACAAAUACAGACAAUUUUAUGUCUGCACAAAUGUACACCGACUGAAACAAAUGGUUUCAUGGAGAUUUUGACUGAUAUUUAGACUCAUAUUUGACCAUUUAGACUGAUCUUUGGCGACAAGUAAAUGUUGACAUCAAAAGUAACACAAAUGGAUAAUCAAGAGGGUUGUUUGUAUCAUGGAGGAUACAUAAGGGAUUAUAUUACUGUUAGUUAAUCAGGAGAUUUGUUACACUACUGGCAUGCCAUCUACUCAGAUGAAAUAUGGCAACUAUUUUAGCAUGGAUGAUCUGAAUGUUAUUUUAAGUUAGAGUACAUGAAACAAAUCCAUAUUUAUUUAUUUUUGAAUCCCCCCAAUUUCGUAGUAUCCAAUUAUUAGUAGUUACUAUCUUGUCUCAUCGCUACAACUCCCGUACGGGCUCGGGAGAGACGAAGGUCGAAAGUCAUGCGUCCUCCGAAACCCAACCAAGCCGCACUGCUUCUUAACACAGCGCGCAUCCAACCCGGAAGCCAGCCGCACCAAUGUGUCAGAGGAAACACUGUGCACCUGGCGACCUUGGUUAGCGCGCAAUGCGCCCGGCCCACCACUGGAGUCGCUGGUGCGCGAUGAGACAAGGAUAUCCCUACCGGCCAAACCCUCCCUAACCCGGAUGACGCUAGGCCAAUUGUGCGUCUCCCCACGGACCUCCCAGUCGCGGCCAGCUGCAACAGAGCCUGGGCGCGAACCCAGAGUCUCUGGUGGCACCGCUAGCUCUGCGAUGCAGUGCCCUAGACCACUGCGCCACCUGGGAGGCCGCAAAUCCAUAUUUUGAAGAAUUAAAACAUUAUUUUAGCGAUGUCAGAAAUAUUACUGCCUUUUGAGAUUGCUUUGAGUUUUAGAAUGACAUUAUUGUCUAAAGAUUUGAAUUGUGGCUGACAGACUAGUCUCUUGGUGAACAGGGUGUUUGAAGAGCUUCCUGCCUGCUGGACAGGCCCUGAAGAGCUCUUGACCACAGCCUAAGCUCGCUGAAUUAUCUGUACCUUAUCAGAAACUCCUUACUGUCCUUGAAAACCAUGGGGUAUUCUUGAUCUUUGCUACUGAGCUAUGUUGGUCAGACGAAAUGCAAAUGUAUUUCAUUUUCAAAUUAUUUAACUGACUGAAGCUAUUUAAUGCCAUGUCAGGGUCCAUAGUUAUUGUGCAACAUUUCAUGUGUGUGUCACUGAACAAGAAAGAUGCCUUGGCCUAGUUUGGAGUAGUUUUUUGCUUUGUGACUAUUCACAGAUCUUUAUAUUUGUGUUAUGUUUUGACAUUGUUCAUCUCUGUCUUUAUGUCUUUAAUUGUAUAAUUGUUUGCAUGUCGUGUAAACAAAUAAAAAGAUUCGCUCAGCAUCUAAGUUGA